CGCAGUCACACUGCUUAAUACGCAAAACAAUAACAAACAAAAAAAUUACAAAAAACAUAAACAUAAACAAACACAAGCACAGGGAGCGAGCGAAUCGAAUCGAAGCGAAACGACGACGACGCCAUGGGUUUUCCGCGCAUCCUCAGCAAGAACAACAAGAUCUACACGAAGCUGGGCGAGUUCUGUUUGUCGGGGGACAGCUUCUGGAUCGUUUGCCACACGUGCCAGGAGGAGCUGCAGACGCAGGAUCAGUUCUGGAAGCACAUACAGGACGAGCACAACUUCCUGCACGGCGUGGCCAAGCAGGAGCACAGCCGGACCUCCAGCUACUGCCUCACGGAUGUGGAGGCUGCGGCGGCGGCGGCAACGCCCGGUGGUAGCUCCCAGCAGGGCGCCACCGCCGUGAGCGUUCCGCUUGCCCUGUACCACUGCUCCGCCAAGUACUCCGAGGAGGAGCAACGCGAGGUGGAGCUGCACGAGCAGCAGGUUCAGGUGCAGCAGCAAGUGCAGCAGCAGGUGCAACAGCAGCAGCAGCAGCAAGCUCAGCAGGCCCAGCAGCAGGCUCAGCAAGCGCAGCAGCAGCAACAACAGCAGCAGGCCCACCAGCAACACCAACAGCAGGCCCACCAGCAGCUCCAGCAGCAGCGGGAUGUGGCCAAGGAGCUGGCCGAGCUGCAUGCCAAUGCGGUGGCCGCCGCCGCGGCUGCCGCUGCUGUGGUCGCCACUGGAGGCGAGGGAAGCACCCGCAGCAGCAGCGGCAUCGACAUCAAGAUCGAGCCGGCCAGUCUCACACUAACCCCGGAAAUGCAGGCUGCUGCAGCGGCUGCCGGGACCAUUUACCAUCUGCCACAGCUGGUGCCGGCCCCUGUGCCGCCUCCGCCGCCCACGCCGGGAUUCGUGAGUGUCAGCGCCAGCACCAGCACCUCCAACACGGUCAGCACCACGCCGCCCAAUGUGCUCCACCAGCAGCAACAGCAGCAGCAACAACAGCAGCAGCAACAACAACAGCAGCAGCAGCAGCAACUCAACAUGACAGUCGUUCCAUCGACGGCAAUGGCCGCCGCCAUGCUGGCCGCCAGUCAGGAGCAGCUGCCCAAGGACUCCAACAGCACGACGGCCAGCGCCGGGAGCGCUGUGUCCUCGGACGACGGAGAGCGCUGGUAUGUCUGCGACUACGAGACGUGCGGCCUGAAGUUCAAGUACAAGUCGCGGAUGGAGCUGCACCGGGUGGUGCACAGCAAGGAGCGGCGCUUCAACUGCGAACUGUGCAGUGCCUCCUUCAAGCAGUCGUGCAACCUGUCCACGCACCGCAAGAAGAAGCAUGCGCUGAGGGGCAUCAAAAGCGAGAUACUGCCGCAGCGUUUUUAACUUGCCUUAAGGUCCACCCAAUUAUCCUCCCCUCCCCCUCCCCCAUCACUUGUUUAGCUCACUGCAAUGCGAGGCAGCCACUAGGACUAGAUUCUAGACUGCAACUCGGCAAUUUUGACCUAAGUUUAAUGAUUACUUUACAAACACCCCCACAGAACUCGCCUGCUUGCCACACGACUACUAAUAUGGUUUAACCUUUAUUUUAUGAAAGCCUUUAACAAAUGUAUACAUCUGCAAGGAGCCCCAGAAAUCUUUAGGUUUUCCCAGCACUGGAAAAUCCGUAGGUGCCACCGAAUCUCUAUCGUUUCACUCUUGUUAAUGAGCAAAUGUAUAGUUUUAGAUAGUUAUGUGGCACCUUGAUUCGAUUUUCGGUUGGAAUUUGCUUUUAAAAGAGAUUUGUGAGGUUACUUUUUGUACAAAACCUGAUUGUAAAUUGAAAACUUUCCCGCUGAAACACUCUUGUGGCAGGCAAGUGAUC